UGUCACUUCUUUUGCAGAAGAGAGAGAGAGAGAGAGAGGGAGAGAGAAUAACGAAGAAGGGGAGGAAGAAGAGACGUCGACGCGGGCCAAAGUCUUCUGCAACCACCGCCUCCGUUAUCUUCCAUGAUUUACGUCAGUUAAAUACUUCUGUUGAGAGCUCUGAGGUCGAAGAAUGGCUUCAGGAUCUGCUAAUUUAUCAAUUCCACCUUCUGUUAAAGCUCCAGAUGUACCCACCCCUACCGCAGUAGAUACUGGACCAGAUACUGAUGCACCAUCUAGGCUAUCUGCUUCUGGCAUAUCCACAUGGGCCAAGAAUAUGAAAAUCCCCAAGUCAAUGCAAGGCAGCCAAGAUGAAUCACCAUCUGGGAAUGCUGGGAAAUCAACUUUUGCUCGCUUUACUACUGGGUUUGGGUUGCGCUUGUCUCCCAAAGCUCCUCAGCCAGAUGAUAGUUCCAAUGGAGCCUCAACAGCAUCACAGCCCGGUUUUAUUGGAACACUCACAAAAGGAAUAGUUGACUCAUCUAAGAAUGCAGUGAAAGCUGUCCAGGUCAAGGCUCGACAUGUUGUAUCUCAAAAUAAACGAAGAUAUCAGGAAGGAGGAUUUGAUUUAGAUAUGACAUACAUUACAGAAAAUAUAAUAGCUAUGGGCUUCCCUGCUGGUGAUAUGAGCUCUGGUUUCUUUGGAUAUGUUGAGGGAUUCUACCGAAACCACAUGGAAGAAGUAAUCAAGUUCUUUGAAACUCAUCACAAGGAUAAAUACAAAGUGUACAAUCUUUGUUCAGAGAGGCUGUAUGAUGCAUCAUUAUUGGAGGGAAAGGUGGCUAGUUUCCCAUUUGAUGACCAUAACUGCCCUCCUAUACAACUCAUCAUAUCAUUUUGUCACAGUGCAUACUCAUGGUUGAAGGAGGAUAUUGAGAAUGUCGUGGUUGUGCACUGUAAGGCCGGAAUGGCCAGGACAGGAUUGAUGAUUUCUAGUCUUCUUUUAUAUUUGAAGUUCUUUCCCACAGCAGAGGAGUCUAUGGACUACUACAACCAGAAAAGAUGUUUCGAUGGAAAAGGGCUUGUUCUGCCAAGCCAGAUUAGAUAUGUGAAAUAUUUUGAGCGCAUCUUAACUUACUUCAAUGGAGAAAACCAGCCUGGGCGCAGGUGCAUGCUUAGAGGAUUUCGGCUUCACAAAUGCCCAUAUUGGAUUAGGCCCCAUGUUACUGUCUCUGAUCAUAAUGGUGUUCUCUUUUCUACAAAAAAGCACCCAAGAACCAAGGAUCUGUCGCCUGAAGCUUUUUGGUUUAGUGCACCAAAGAAAGGGAUCAUGGUCUUUGCUCUGCCUGGGGAGCCAGGCCUGACAGAGUUGGCUGGGGACUUCAAAGUUGAUUUUCAUGACCGCCAAGGAGACUUUUAUUGUUGGUUAAACACAACAAUGAUCGAGAACAGAAAAAUUCUAAACACAAACGACCUUGAUGGGUUCGACAAGAGGAAACUGCCAUCCCCAGGAUUUCAAGUGGAGUUGUGCUUGUGGACUACAACAGUGCUGUUCCAACAAAGCCUACAGCUGAAAAUGUGACCACUAAAGCUGUUGAAAGUUCGAGUACCACUACCUCCUCAGGAACCGUAUCACCCUCAGUUGAUGGCGCUGUAGCUGCUACAAAUCCCAAAAAGGAAUUAGGAAGUAAUGAGAAGGAUGAUGUGUUCUCAGACAGUGAAGCUGAGGAAACGGGCUCUUCAAAAAGCAGGCAAACUAAAGAAGCCUCUGAAGCUGGUGGAACUGUCGGUGCAACUGCCCCAAUUUCUGAGGUCAAAACUACAUCGGAUCAGGUUGCUAGUUUGACACGUGAGACUGAGCAAGUCUCUCUGGGAGGCACAGGCUCUACACAUAUUGUUCCUACUAACGAGCCGAAAAAGGAUGCUGUUGGGGGACCUGUGUCGGGCCUUGAUGUCCCCAACCCAGUGGGAGAGGUAAGUAGUGACUUCAGGGUUAUGGCCGCCGAUGCGUCCGUCUUUACAUUUGGAGAUGAAGAGGAUUAUGAGAGUGAAUGAGCCAAGCGGCUGCAUAUCAGGCUUCAAAACAAGAUUUGUACAUAGAUAGAUGGCUGUGAACAGGUUCCGUGAGCCCAAUUUCUGGGUGAGCAUUUCAUUUCAUUUCAUUCAUUUGAUUUUUUUAUAACUUCGGUACCUGGAAAUAAUUACCGUUCUGCCAGGAUUUUUUAGCUUUUCUCUUAUGCACCAUAGUUUUUAAAUUAUAUAUUUAAAUUACUGUUUUUUUUUUAUGAAAACAUGGUUUAAAUUCAUUUUUUUC